AUGCACUCUGAUUCGCAGACAUGUCCCAGUUGCAAAACGAGCAAAUACAACAAUCCCCAACUACGCCUAAUGGUUAAUGUGUGUGGACAUUCAUUGUGUGAAAAUUGUGUUGAAGUUCUGUUUGUGAGAGGCUCUGGUCUGUGUGUUCAAUGCAAGACUCCAAUCCGGAAAACAAACUUUCGUUACCAGCUCUUUGAGGAUCCAACAGUUCAGAAGGAAGUUGACAUCCGAAAAAAGAUUCUGGCUGAGUUUAACAAACGGGAAGAAGAUUUUGAGAAUACAGAAGACUACGAUAGGUACCUGGAAACGAUUGAGGAUAUAAUCUACAAUCUCUCCAAUGACGUGGAUGUUGACAAAACGAAGAAAUUUAUUGAGCAGUACAAAAAGGACAACAAAGAUAUUAUCAAGCGCAAUAGGAAAAAACAGUCGAACUGCGCAGAGUUCUACGAACGCGAGUUGGAGCAGGAGCGAGUUCUUCGCGAGCGUCGCGCUGAGGCGCAGGCGGCAGACGAGGCGGCGGAUCUUCAGCGUCGUAAACGCCUCCAUGCUGGAAGAACUCUUCAGGGCUUCCUCUGUGGUGCAGCCGCUAUCGCCCUGCCUGAGGAUCCCCCACCAAAAGUCGAUCCACACCCAAAUCCUCCGCCACCUGAUCAUCCUAUUCCUUCCGCUGUUCCGCCUUCCGCGAUGCUUGAAUCGAAGCAUCGUUUUUUACCUCCACCGUCCGCUGCCCUCUCCCAACGUUCUGGGCCUCUCUCAGCCGCAUCCCGUUGGUCAGGGGUUCCCUUCACUCCUGUCUCUGCCAUGGUCGGCAUCCCUCAACUUCUCCCUCCCCCUCCUUCCACUUCAUCCUGGGCCACGUCAGUUGAACACCAUAGCGUUGUCAUUCCUCUUCCCUCCAACACUCGUAACGGGAGACAAACGGACACGGUUGUUCUCCCCCGCUCCCACACUGCAAAAUCGUCUUCCUUAUCCUCGUUGUCGUCCUCUGCAAAGACAACGGCGCAAGCUACUCGGGACUUAGAGGAGUGGUUAGAGCCCUAUCACCCCGAGCUGUGUGGUCCACAUCCGCCGUCACCGUCUAACGGCCCUCGAUGGAACACCCUGGAGGCGGUGUAUCUGGAAGCUGUGGUGGAGCCCACGACCAAGGAGGUGAAUGGAACUACUGACGCUGAGGAGAGAGAAGAUUCAUUACGAGCUUCUGGCAAUGAUGAAGGGGAUUUUGGUGAAGCUGGUGGUAUGGAAGACGGCGAAGCGAGGCGCGGGCUGUCUCAUGCCUUGCCGCGGGGUGCGUGCGGUAUCUCACCGAGUGUCUACCUGACGCGUGCUCUCCAAGAAAGUCGCUGUGGUCUCUUUAUCUGA